AGUGAACCCACGCGUCAUUUCUCCAAAGAGCGCGCGCCGCUUCCUUAAACAUACACGCGAGGCUUUCACGUCGAGUCAUAUCGACACAAAUCUCCUGAAACAUUGUCGUUUUUUUCUGUAUUUGAGACAAUAAUAUGGAAAUGAUUACUUUUCUUUUGACUGGGUGAUAUACUGUGUGAAAAGUGGUUAUAAUUCAAUGGCAAUAAUGCGGAUACACGUCUAUGUCAUUGCCUUGAUCAUAAUCUCGGGAACAAAGGUUGUAGCUCAGAGCAUCCCGCCUCCCAGCAAUGUGUCCAUAACGUGUGACAGCUAUAAAGUUGAAGUACACUGGGAAUAUCCAAAUCUCAAGGAUGUUUUCUUCCUGGUGGAAUUGCAGGACAACACAGGAAUAAAGUCACAAAAUACAUCGGAUCAUUGGAUAAACAUAUCCAACAUGCUGAAGAAUCCAGCGUACAAUCGCUAUGUUGUGUUUGUGACAGCCGUACAGGGGGAGAUGUCAAAUAAAUCAGAAUCAGAUAUAUUCAGCUUUAAUGAGAAUGCCCCGAGCACUAUUAAGUGUCGGUUGGAUUUUCCUGAGGUUUCGCUGUCUGCCAAAGGAGGAAAACUUCAUCUAGAGUUCCCCAACCCUCUGCACCUGUACAAAAACACACCGGCUCUCCGCAAUAACACAGACAAACUCUUGUAUUCUGCUGAAACAGAAGAGUUUAAUAUCACUAAUAAGGUGAAGGACAGUUGCGGAUUUGAGUUUGAAACAUGCAAGACUUCAAUCGCCAUUGCCGAGGAGAGAGAAGAAUACUGCGUCAACCUAACAGGAACAAUUGGACAAAGAUCACUUACGGACAAGAAACAACAGUGUUUCAAGGGAGACCUGAAAAGCUCUGAGGGUGCAGAGGAAAGAGAAGAAAACUGCGUCAACCUAACAGGAACAAUUGGAAAAAGAUCACUUACGGACGAGAAACCAAAGUGUUUCAAGGGAGACCUGAACAGCUAUCCACCUUUCACCACGUACCUGUAUCCAGUGCUCGGAGUUGUUUUGACGCUGCUGUUCAUAACAACUAUUAUAACGCUGCUAGGAAAGAGAUGCAACCAGAAAAUAAAGAAGAAAGCAGCGAUGGCUUUUCCCAAUUUCCUGGUUUUCAAGCCAACACAAACACACCUGUGCAAACCUCUAAAUGUGGAGGCCGAAAACGUGGCGAGGGAUCUUCAGAUCCUACCGGUCACAUGUGAUAAGGAUCCUACGCAACACACCAAAUUAAUAGAGUUCUCUGAUGACGAGGACAAGCCAUCAGAAGGUCAGAGUUCAGAACACUACCACAUGAACGCAGAAGACGGUGAUCUGAAGGAUAUAGACACUUCUUCCAUUGACAUGGAUGCCGGAGACUCUACCGGUGGUCUAUCAUCAGGCUACGACUGCCCACAUGCCCUCAGACUGGAGAUGAGUCCUGGAGAUCUAGUAGAAGGUUACAGAGCUUAAACACAACAUGAUGGUUUAAAGAACUCUACAGGUGAAGGCAAGUUCCAGAAAAGACAAAAGUAGAAACCUUGUUUCCAGGAACAAGGCCAGGACCAGAACAGGCAGUAAAUGCGAAACUUAAAAUUGUAAGCCUUCACAAAACGAACUGGAAUUUCCCUGGAAAUUCUGGUUCAUGGAAUUACAAAACAAAUGCUUGAAGCGUUUGUCAUCAUGAUGAGCAUUGAUACUGUCAGAAUGAAACACCUGUUGCGCAACUACAGGAUUAUUUUCAAAACGUUUUUAUGAAUGCUUGCAUAUAUGAAUACAUAUUGUACUCUUAUCAUCUUUUUGUCAAAAUGAUCUUGUGUGUUCUUGAAAGGUUUUAAAAGUGCUGCUCAGGUUGUGCGACUCAUCACAUCUAGACCAUUUUGACUAGUUCAUCCCAAUAACUUUCGCACAAAAUACUAAAUAAUGCAAUGAAAUGCAUCAGCUAACGCUAACUAGAAUAAGCUGGGUAUCAAGUCAAAGUUUGCGCACAGGUAACUGUGAAGCUUGCGCAAUUUUGGUGUCCCAAGUAAAUGUGCCAAGUAAAUCAUUUCCACAUCAUACUCAUGAUUUUUAAAGGUGCAAUGUGUAAAUUUGAGAAGGAUCCCAGAAAUGCAAUACACAUUAUUUUUUAAGAUAAAGCCCUUUACUGUUUUUAUUACCAUAGAAUGAGACAUUUUUAUCUCCAUAUACCGCGGGUCUCCUUACGUGAAAGUCACCGCCAUGUUUCUACAGUAGCCCUAAACAAGACAAAAUCAAAUGACGUGUUUGUCAUGUGGCGGCUACCAUAGCUUCUCUAUGCAUUUUAAAGGGGGGAGGGGGAGCUGUGGACUGAGCCAUUGGUUGCAAUUCACCACCUCACCACUUGAUGCCGCUAAAAUCUACACACUGCACCUUUAAAACGCAAUCAAUUAAUUGAAAAAUGUGUUAGAUCAAAACUUUAUUCCUUAAAUCUUGUAAACUAUCAAGAAUUACAUUAAAGUCACCAUGAAAUUGAAAUGUAAAACAUAUUUUUGAAAUAUUGUGGUAUUUUUAUAAAUGAUUUAUCUGUGAGUUUUUUUUUUUCCAAAAUCCAUGUGCCCUCAUAAUCUUUUAUGCUAAUCUCCUCCCCUCCUCGAAAUGAUCUCUCUUUUAUUUAUAAGGAUAUACGUCAUGACGGGGACAGACAAUCGCUACUUCCAUUUCAUUGUGACUUCAAGCCAUACAGUUUACAGAAAGCUAAUAGAUCAGCUGCUAAUAGAUUUGACUUUUACUGUAUGUAUAUUUUGAAAUAUUUCUGUUUUUCUGUGUAUUUUUUAUGUAAAGUGGAUUUGGGAUUGUAGUUUUUAAUGCAUAAAGAUUACUUUCACACAUA